AUGCGCGUUCUACUUGUACUGCCCUUCCUGGUGGCUCUAGUGGCUGGUGCUACGCUGGAUUUUAAUCACUACUGGAACGCCAAUGAGAUCGAUGCAUACCUGGACGAGCUAGCAACCGAAUUCCCGACGCUGGCGAGCACCGUUAACGUCGGUACUAGCAGCGAGGGUCGCCGUAUUCGGGGUCUGCGCGUCAGCAAGGACAACAACAAUAACCGUCCCCUGGUCAUCGUCGAAGGUGGACUGAGGGCCCGCGAGUGGAUCUCGCCCAUGUCGAUCAACUACAUGAUGCACGAGAUCGUCGAACACUACUACGAGUUCGAGACGAUCCUGGAUAACGUGAACUUCCUCUUUGUGCCGCUGGUCAAUCCGGACGGUUACGAAUUCUCGCGCAGCGCAGGUAACCGUCUCUGGCUGAAGUCACGCAGCGUCAACGGUAAUGGUUGCUUCGGUGUCGAUCUCAACCGCAACUUCGGUCACCUGUGGAAUACUGUCGGUGGAAGUAAUGAUCCCUGCUCUGACUCGUUCGUCGGUACGGCGGCAUUCUCGGCACCCGAAACGGCGGCCCUACGCGAUCUGAUCCAAGCCAACGCCGCCAAUCUGGCCCUCUACCUAAGCAUUCAAUCGGCGGACCAGAUGGUCCUCUAUCCUUUCUCCCAUAGCGCCACCACCAAUCCGGCUAACGUGGGCCAGCUACGCAGCCUUGCCAACGACGUAGCCCGAACGCUCAUCAACCAAAAUGGACGAAUCUUUACGUCCGGCGGUGCCGGACUGCUGCAGCCGGCCGCUUCCGGUAGCAGCAUCGACUUCGUGGCCGGUACCAUCCAGCCACAGCUCGUCUUCACGAUCGAAACGGGUGGCGCUGGCAGCUACGGCUAUGACGUACCCGAGUCACAGAUGGCGGAGAUACUCAGCGAGACGACCUACGGCUUCCUGACGCUGGCCGAGUACGUUGCCCGGAACUAA